AUACGAUUGAAGAAUAAAAUACGAAAUUGGAGACUUCUGCUACGUGGCUACGUGACUCAUGCGGGUGCGUGGCUCUGUCUGGUGUCUGUGGUCUCUAUUGAGAGGUUAUCCUCUAUGAGGCGCUAACUGAGUGAUUCUGGGACGUUCUUCGGUCAAUGCUGAGCAGCUCCCAGUCUCCGUCGGUUUGGUGCUGUCUAUGGUGCUGCUGUGGCUCGUAGGCGCCAUGUUCACGCCUGCAGAGGAGAAAGGCGGCAUACUAGCGCUGUCCGUUGCAGAUGUCAUUCUACGCCACAUUCGUCCGUGGGUCUACCUCACUGCGGGCUUCUACCACCCGUACAUCGUACAGCUGGUGUUCGUUUUGCCAUUAGCCUUCGGUUUGGCCAAGCGGGUGGAGCCUGAUCUUGGUGCUCUUAACCUCGUGCGAUUGCUGCUGUUCGCCAAUACGGCAGCGGCAGUGGUGAUGUUUGUCAACCUCUUCAUCCUCUAUAUUAUCUUCCGAAACCCCAUCUACCUGGAGGCGAGCUUUUCAGGAUUUACGGGUGGAAUCGCGGCGCUGCUGGUGGCCUACAUGAAGCCGACGCCGUUUGCGACAGCUCCCCUGUUCCCUGGCGUCCCGCUUCGUUUCUACCCGCUGGUAGCAUGCAUUGUUUUUUGCUUCUGCACGAUGGCUGGUAUGGCCUUUACUGCUGUCCCGGCAGUUAGCUUGAUGCUCGUGAGUGCUGGACCAUUCUCGGUGCUCGGUGGUUACUUUGGUUGGUACUACCUCCGCUUCCUGAACAAGAACCGUGACCAGACCGUUGGCGAUGUGUCGGAUGAGUUCGCGCUGGUUGUGCUACUUCCUGACUUUUGCAUACCACUUGUAAGCCCGCUCGCCAACUUCUGCUUCAGCGUGGUCAAGCUCUGCGGAUUCUUUAAGAAGCGCGCAGCCCAGAAGCCCAAGAUGCUUCCGAUCCUCACGGAAAUCAAGAAUGACCCGAUUGCUGAACGCCGAAAAGCUCGUGCGAUGAAGGCUCUGGAUGAGAAGCUGGCGAAGCUUGCUCACGCCCGAGACGAUACUGGUGCUUCGUCAUUAUUGUCUGUGGAAGUUCGCGACGACGAGAAUUAAAGAAUGUUCAACGCUGCUACCUAGAGAGGAUGGCGGCGAUGGUUAGACAGACACCCGACAGGUCCAAUCCAUGCGGUUUGCCUGGUUAUACACUUGGAUAUGCGUUUGGACUUUCAUUAUACCCAAUACUGUGCUACCCAGGUUGCGGUAGCACUGUGUGGCUUUGGUAGGAGUGGAAAGCACACAAUCGUUGCGUUUGGAGGCGGUGAUACAGCCUCUACAUCGAGACUACGAUACUCAACAAUUUGUUCAGGAAACACGUCCUCUAGAUAGCAUGCGUAUGCGUUGGCCAUCUCAAGCCAGUGAUCGAACUUGUAGAUAUACUUGUUGAUAACGCCAAAAUGAGCGUGAAGAAAGCGGUACAGGAACUGAAGUGAUGCUGCACGUGCGUGGUUAUCAAUACGCCAUGCCAUGAUGCUACUGUUAUACCCACCUUGACGCUGUUCAUU